AUGGACAAGUCGAGUCGUCGAUUAGCCAGCCCAAGAUACACCUCUGACGGUUACUACGCCACGUCGAAGAGCUCGUUUACCUACAUCCAGCGCGAUGCUGUCGCCUACGAGCCCUCGCCUCGUCGUCCCCCCAGACCGGCCGUCCGCAGUUCUGCAGCAUGGGCGACUCGUCAGGGUCCCACCGCCGCUUCCUCGGCCAGCGCUCAAACCAAGAGAACGCCGCCUACAGUCCGUGUGGCGAACGAGUCAGAUGCCAAGCAGCACCUUAUUCCUCCAGGCUACUCACUCAAGCACUGGCACCCGACCGAAGAGCCCUUCCUCCUUCUCGGUAGCGUGUUUGAUUGCAACUCACUCGGCAAGUGGAUCUACGACUGGACCGUCUAUCACCACGGACCCGCCACUCCUGGCUCUGACUUGGCUGGCGAGUUUUGGCUUCUUCUAAAAAGUAUAGCCGGCAGAACGAAGCGCGCUGAGCUUUCCGUCGGCCUGGUCCCCGAUGCAGAAGAAAGAGAUUUGUUGGAAGACUACCUUGACUCAGGCGAGCGCCUUAUGGACAGGAUCCGCAAACUCGUCAAAACCUGCGAGGGAACCGUGAUCAAGGCUUCAAGAAAGGGGGAACCUCUCGGCAAGACUGCGGGGGUUGAGUUUGUCACGACGCUUUUUGGUCGUGAGGGUGAACUGGACAAGACGGAGCGGCUGAUGCAGGGUUGUCGUCUUUUUGUCCUGCGGUUUGACGCCAACUGUGAGGAUGUUCUGCAGAAGGUGGUAAGGGAAAAACACGAGGCCACAAGAGAGAGUGGUGUUGAAAGAACCAAGACAACCAACUGA